AUGUACCGGAUGGUCAAUGUAGCAAGAGAGCACGUUGAUUUUCAGCGUAUAAUCUGGAAGGAUAAUAAAUCAGGUGAAGACAGAAUUUUCAGACUUCUUACUGUUACAUUUGGCACGGCUUCUGCACCAUAUCUUGCAAUAAAAGCACUUCAGCAAGUUGCAAUCGAUGAAGGCAUCAAUUACCCUUUAGCAGCAAAGGUGACUUUAAAUGAUUUUUACGUUGACGAUCUGUUGAGUGGAUGCGAAUCUGUAGAGCAAGGGCUUAAGUUAUACAACGAGAUGAAUGCUAUGUUGAGCAAGGGUGGUUUUAAAUUACAUAAAUGGUCAAGCAAUAGCAAUACAAUGUUAGAAAGCAUAAAGGGGGUAAAUAGUAAUGAAGAAACAAUAGAAGGAAUACAUCUUAAACUAGAUAAUGUAUUAAAAAUAUUAGGAAUUACCUGGGACCGCAGCAGUGACUCCUUCGUGUACUCGGUGAAUCUUCCAGAGAUGCAGCAACCUGUAACAAAAAGAAAAAUAUUAGCUGAUGUGGCACGUCUAUACGAUCCGUUGGGUUGGAUAGCGCCAACCAUUGUACUAGCAAAAGCAAUGAUUCAAAAGCUAUGGUUGGCCGGGUUGACUUGGGAUGAGAUAGUGCCCACAAACUUAAUGGACGAAUGGAUCACUUACCGUGAUAAGUUAAAAGGGUUAUCAGAGUUUCGCUUACCUAGAUGGUUGGGUACUACUUCUAAUAAUACCACGGUGGAAUUGCAUGGAUUUUGUGAUGCCUCCAAGAUGGCCUAUGCAGCAGUUAUUUGCAUUCGUGUAAUUAAUCCAAACGGUUUUAUUCACAGCUCACUUAUUGCAGCAAAAACAAAGGUAGCCCCAGUCAAGCAGGUGUCUAUUCCAAGGCUGGAAUUAUGUGGUGCCGUUCUACUUACCAGAUUGAUUUUAGAAGUAGCUGAGGUCAUGAAUAUUCCGAAGGCAAAUCUGCAUGCAUGGACUGAUUCAACAAUCGUUCUUGCGUGGCUCAACAGCCAUCCCAGUCGAUGGAAAGUGUUCAUCGCUAACCGCGUUUCCGAAAUUUUAUGUUCAUUGGACUCACAUCAAUGGGCACAUGUAAUAUCCAAACAGAAUCCAGCAGACUGCGCCUCAAGAGGUUUACAACCUUCUGAAUUAACACAUAAUGAAUUGUGGUUAAAGGGACCUGAAUUUCUUACUGAAGGUACAAUACAAUAUGCGAAACCUAAGGAUAUUAGCACUGACUUAGAGGCAGUAAAGACACAUUGUGCUGUAGUUAACACUCCUUUCAUUGAGAGGUUUUCUUCUCUUACGAGAUUAACUCGAGUUAUAGCUUAUUGUCGUCGUUUCAUUGCUAAGACUAAACGAUCCAAAGAUAUUGAAACCACUUACCUUUCGAGCGAAGAAUUAGCCGCAGCGCUAGAGGUGUGCAUUCGAUUUGUUCAACAGGAAUACUUUAAGGAAGAAUUGUCUGCAAUAUAUCAAAAUAAGACUUUAAGUAAGAAAAGCAAACUCUUUUCUUUAAAUCCGUUUCUCGAUGAGAAACAAUUAUUACGAGUUGGGGGCAGAUUGGAGCAAUCCAAUUUAAGCAGGGAGAGAAAACACCCAAUUCUGUUGCCACGGACAUCUAGUUUGUCGAAACUAAUUGUUGAAAACGCACAUAAAUGUACAUUACAUGGGGGACAUCAAUUGGUGUUGAAUUUUUUGCAAUCCAAAUACUGGAUUUUAGGGGCAAAACAGCUAGUAAAGGCUACCACAAGAAAUUGCAUAACCUGUGUAAAAAAUGCUGCUAUCACCAAAAAUCAAAUGAUGGGACAGCUUCCUACAGCCAGAUCCACACCAUGUCGUCCGUUCAAACGCAGCGGAGUGGAUUACGCGGGUCCCAUUCACUUAAGAACUUCUAAGGGUCGGGGACAUCACUCUUAUAAAGGAUACAUAUGUUUGUUUGUCUGUAUGUCCACAAGGGCCAUACAUUUAGUAGUUGUAAGCGACCUCACCGCUCAAGCUUUCUUACAAGCUUUUAAACGGUUUGUUGCUCGCAGAGGCCAUUGCCAAGAUAUCUGGAGCGACAAUGGAACUAGUUUCACGGGGGCAGCUGCAGAACUAAAGAAAAUGUUCGCUUCUGAAGCUGCAGGAAUAUUUAAGGAGGUAGCGGAAUCAUUGGCUAUAAAUGGAACAAACUGGCAUUUUAUCCCUCCCCAUUCACCUAAUUUCGGCGGUUUGUGGGAAGCUGGUGUAAGGUCCGUCAAAUUCCACUUAAAAAGGGUAAUCGGCGAUUCUACUCUAACUUUUGAAGAGAUGUCGACAGUCUUGGCACAAAUCGAGGCAUGUUUAAAUUCUAGGCCACUUUGUGGUGUUACUGACGAUCCGAAUGUUGAGGUUCUGACACCAGCUCAUUUUCUUGUGGGCGAAUCCUUGGUUACACCACCCGACUAUAAUUACGAGCACGAUGGAGUAGCGUCUCUUCGAAGGUGGCAGUAUACACAACGAAUGCUUCAAUCUUUUUGGCGAAAAUGGUCUCAGGAAUAUCUAACCAAAUUCCUACACAGAUAUAAAUGGGCGACUCCAUCUUCAUCACCUGCCGUUGGUGAUAUUGUAGUAGUAAAGGAGGAUGGUUUGCCUCCUUGCAGAUGGUUAUAUGGUAGAAUUAUUGAUACUCACCCAGGUUUGGACAACGUUGUUCGGGUAGUCACGAUUAAGACGAAUAAAAACACUGUAUUAAAAAGGCCAACAUCAAAACUAUGUAUUUUGCCAAUUGAAAAAUAA